AUGCCAGGCAUCAGAAUUCCGACCCUUCGCCAGUUGACAACGACUUGUCCCUUGACAUCGGCGCAAUGCCUCCACACCCAGCGGCGCUGGGCUCAAGUGCACGACGUCCGAUUCCUCGCGACCAGACAGCCCUCACAGGCAGUCCUCGAAAAGUACAGGGAGAAGCUCGACCGAAAAGCCCGGAAAGAAGGGCUGGGCGGCAUCGAUGCCCUCAAAUCCGCCUAUGCCGACCGCAUCGCCGCUGAGCGCAAGAAGGGUGCCAUCGAGCAUCCCAUCCCCCCAAUCCCCCAAGCACCAGACACUCCCGUCUCCCAGCCCAACCGGGGACCUGUUCCGUCGCAAAGGGAGCAGCCCUGCGCAGACGAGCCUCCAGCCUCCUCGGCUGCCGCACCUCCCGGCACGCGCGGCAAAGUAGCCGCGAUACGGUCACUGGAUGACUUGGUCGACGUCGCCAAGAUCCGCGAGCUGCCCGAGAAGGAACUGACCGCGGUCUGGCGGCUGCGCCACGCCGGUGCGCCGCAGAAGCUGUGCGCCGUCAUCCCGGCCAGCUGCUACAAGGCAAUGGAGGAGAUGGCGCGGAAGUCUCCUCGGUUCGUGCUGCCGGUUCCGCACGAGAGUCAAGGCGCCGAGAUUCACUUCCUGCAGUGGACAUUCGACGCUGCUUCCCAGACCAGCACCGUUCUUUUCACCCAGCUGGCCGAGUUCAAAGCAAGGGGGGAGUUUGCGCAACCUCAUACCACCGUCACGCAUCAUUUGGACUUGGUCCAUGACAAGGGCCUCGUCUUGAUGCAGGGGCAGACUAUGGAGGGCCGGGGUGUGUCCCCCGAGCAUGCCAGGUGGUUGGUAAUGUGCCUGCAGCGAUUCUACGGUGCCUGGGACGGCGCUGUCGCGGAAAUUGACCCUUUGAGGAAAGAACGAGCUCUUGAGCGGAGGAAGCUGGUCGAGUGGUUUGCCAACGGCGACGCGAGAUUUAGCGUGGAGAAGCUCUUGGAGGAAGCUGAGAGAAUGGGGUAA